AUGUUGCACGAGGAAACUCGGAGGAGACACAACGAAGGCUUCAUGAGCGAUUUGACCGACUUCUACCUCCCAUUCCGAUCAACCUGGUCAAGAUACCCAGAUGCCUUUACGAACCUCGACGAGCGUCAACACGCCGAGAGGCGCAGGAUCGUGAACUCUCUCUAUUCCAUGUCCAAUAUACUGCGGAUGGAGGAAAGUGUCGACAAAUGUGUACAGAUGCUUGUCGACAAGCUAAGCGAGGGUGCAACGAAAGGCAGUACGCUUGACAUGUCGACUUGGGUUCAAUGGUACGCCUUCGACGUCAUUGGACAACUAUUCUUUAGUCGCAUGUUUGGCUUCAUGAAGAAUGCUCAUGACUAUGGCGGCUACAUCCACUCCUUGGACCUGUUGAUCCCGUUCAUCGCCGUUGCCUGCGCUUCACCAGCGUACUUACGACCAAUUGUACUUAUCAGCGGCGCAUUGAUACCACGUGUAUUCAAGGCUCUAAAAGCUCUGAAACACAUCGAAGAGGCAUCCGAAGCAUGCGUCACGGAGCGGAAACGGCGCAUCGAGCGCGGCAAAGCCGAUGACUGCGAAGAUAUGCUACAAAGCUUCUUCAACAUCAUGCACCAAAAGGGUACCGACAAGGAUUUUGGCAUGACUGAGAUAAAGGCUGAAGUUUAUGGAGCUUUCAUUGCCGGCUCCGACACCACCGCAGCAGCCAUCACCGCUAUUAUCUACUAUCUUAUGCGUACCCCGUCCGCCUACGUCAAGCUCACUUCCGAGAUAGAUGAAGCUGCACAAGCCGGCCUACUCAGCCCAAUCAUCCAGUACCAUGAGGCAGUCGGACUACCAUACCUAAUGGCCUGCUGCAAAGAGGGUAUGCGACUCCACCCAAGCGUGGGUAUGACACUACCUCGUCACGUGCCCGAAGGCGGAUGCAUGAUCGCUGGCGAAUGGUUUCCUUCCGGUACUCGAGUCGGCAUGAACGCCGCGGUGGUACAACGCGAUGAGAACAUCUUCGGUGAUGAUGUGGACGAGUUCGUACCUGAACGAUGGCUUGGCGUAGACGCUGCAAGGAUGGAGAGAUACAUGCUGCAGUUUGGUGGUGGGUCGCGCACAUGUAUUGGAAAGAAUAUCUCGCUGUGUGAGAUGUACAAAGUGAUACCGCAACUUCUACGCGACUUCGACCUUGAGCUCCUCGAACCAGAGAAGGAAUGGGAGACGCAUAACUACUGGUUCAACAAGCCGACCAAGGUAUACACUAAGGUUCAGCGCAGGUAG